CUGGAAAGGGAUACGAGGACUACCCCCGCGACCAGGGACACGGAGAGCACCAGCAGCGUCUCCGACGCAUUUCGGUCCUGAAGGCUAACUUCCGGUUCCGCUGCCGGUUCCGGUCCCCACCUUCCACUUCCGGUCGCUUGGGUUCCGCUGCGGCCGGUUUCUGCGUCCGCUGCCGCUGGUUCCGCGCUCCAGGUAUUUUUUCCCUGAAGGAAAGCUGCCUUAUAUGUUUCAAGGAUGGCUCUGCCUAUUAUCGUAAAGUGGGGUGGGCAGGAAUACUCAGUGACCACGCUUUCAGAAGAUGACACUAUACUGGAUCUCAAACAGUUUCUCAAGACUCUUACGGGAGUGCUGCCUGAACGCCAGAAGUUGCUUGGACUCAAAGUGAAAGGCAAACCUGCAGAAAAUGAUGUUAAGCUUGGAGCUCUCAAACUGAAACCAAAUACUAAAAUCAUGAUGAUGGGAACUCGUGAGGAGAGCUUGGAAGAUGUCUUAGGUCCACCCCCUGACAAUGAUGAUGUUGUCAACGACUUUGAUAUUGAAGAUGAAGUGGUUGAAGUAGAAAACAGGGAAGAAAACCUAUUGAAAAUUUCUCGCAGAGUAAAAGAGUACAAAGUGGAAAUUUUGAAUCCUCCCAGGGAAGGGAAAAAGCUUUUGGUUCUAGAUGUUGAUUAUACGUUAUUUGACCAUAGGUCUUGUGCGGAGACUGGGGUAGAGUUAAUGCGGCCAUAUCUUCAUGAAUUCCUGACUUCUGCCUAUGAGGAUUAUGACAUUGUUAUUUGGUCUGCAACAAAUAUGAAGUGGAUUGAAGCUAAAAUGAAAGAGCUGGGAGUGAGCACAAAUGCAAAUUACAAGAUUACCUUCAUGUUGGACAGUGCUGCUAUGAUAACAGUGCACACUCCGAGGAGAGGAUUGAUAGAUGUAAAGCCUCUUGGUGUUAUAUGGGGAAAGUUUUCGGAGUUUUACAGCAAAAAAAACACCAUUAUGUUUGAUGACAUAGGAAGAAAUUUUCUAAUGAAUCCACAGAAUGGACUAAAGAUAAGGCCUUUUAUGAAAGCGCACCUAAAUCGAGAUAAAGACAAAGAACUCUUAAAACUAACUCAGUACCUCAAGGAAAUAGCAAAAUUAGAUGAUUUUUUGGACCUAAAUCACAAGUAUUGGGAGAGGUAUCUUUCAAAGAAGCAAGGACAAUAGGUACAGAUUAUUCUGGCAGUUAUUGAAGAUACUUGAGAUCCAGGAACUCUUGCUUUUAUGCUAGAAAUCAUUAUGAUAGUGCUGGACACUGAAGCAUACACCAGACUGCUUAUACUUGGUCUUCCAGUAUUUUGUAAAUUUAAUUUUAUAUUUUUUGAAGAUCAUAGCAAUAUGCUAAAAAAAAAUAAAAAUCCUUUUCUCCCCUAUAUGAAUAUACUGUUACUCUUGAAAAAUAUUUUCUCCAGCAUUGAUUACUGAGCUUCCUCCCACACACACACACCAGUGAACAAAAGUGUAUACUCAACAGUGUCAUUUUGUAACUUUGGAAACAAGUUAUAUUGGUGUUUUUGUCUUGGUAUGUUGUUUCUGACUAAAUGUAAGACCAGACCCAUUUUGAAACCACCAUGUUUCCCUUAAAACCAAAAAGAAAAAAAUGUAAGGAGGCUAGUUGGUUGUGUAUAAAACCACCGAGAAUUUUUUCCUUUGUCAUAGACACAGUUUCUCUUCAUACUCCGCUAUUUACGCCUCUGAUUUCUGAGCUGUCUGUUUGGUCUGUGUGUGUCAGUGUUCAUUGAGUCAAACUGGAAAAUGUCAGCUGUGAUACAGUUAUGUCAUACUAUGAGAAAUAGAAACCACGAGACUGAAGAAUGAAACUAAGGAACACCAGUGUGUCUUGUUUUGGGGUGACUCAGUAGAAGCACUUCUGCUAAACUAUUGUCUUAAAGGCAAUACAUUAAAAAAUGGGCGUGUCACUGAUUCAGCCCUAAAAAGCAUGAACAUAAAGGUUCUUUUCUGUUACAGCUACAUCUCCUCUCAGUGUAGACACUAUGUUUCAGUGAAAAUAUCUAGCCAUAGGAUUAAAAAAAACUUACUUGCAACGCUUAAGCCUGCAGAUACAUAAUGAACUCACAGUUCUGCAUUGAUGGUAUUGAUUUAUACAGUUAUUGUAUUUGAAAGGAACCUGAUCCUUUCAAAUAAAUAUAGUGUAUAUUGUUCUUACGGGACUAUGUCAGUGGUGUAAAUAAUAAAUACCUUUUCUUAAAACAUUGGUUAUCUGC